AUGUUACGAGAGCGAGUCGGAGACACGCGCUUCCGCAAGGCCGACCGAUUAGAAUUCAGGGAGCUCACGUCCAAGGCUACGUCUGCGCGGUCGGUCGCUGCACCGGCGCGGCCUGAUGGGAGGAAGACUUCGACAGUACGGGCGAUUGGAAGUCGUCUCAGGAAGUCACCCGUGAAGGUGACGCCAGCGAAAAACCGUAGCUGCCGAUCGGAAGCGGUUUGUGAUUUGAAUUUUCGACGUCUAGUGUUCGUGAUUUCGUACGCUUCCUCAAUCCUCUUCAUGAAUAAUUGGGACACACGCAGA